CAAAUUCAGCUAAUUAAUUGAGAUUUUUUCAAUACGUGCACAAUGGAAAUGGAGCUAACUAAUAUUCUUGUUGGUGCUCUAUUUCUUGUUUUGCCAUUACUUGUCAGUAAAUGGUAUAAAGAGUAUAAUGAUAGUAGUAAGAGAAAAUUGCCUCCAGGCCCUUGGAAGUUCCCAUUCAUAGGAAGCUUACACCAUCUUGUAGACAGGCAAUCAUCUGAGUUUCUACCUCAUCGUACUCUUGCUAAAUUAGCCUCAAAACAUGGACCACUAAUGCACAUGAAACUCGGUGAACGUUCAGCCAUUGUUGUGUCGUCGCCUCAAAUGGUUAGAGAAGUGAUGAGAAAACAUGAUCUCAACUUCUCUAAUCGACCGGUCCUUUUAAUUGGAACGGAAAUGUUCUAUGGCCAAGCUGACAUGGGAUUUUGUAACUAUGGUGAUUUCUGGAGUCAAAUGCGCAAAAUUUGUAAUCAGGAACUCCUUAGUCAUAAAAGUAUCCAGUCAUUUUAUCCGAAGAUGCUUAAUGAGACAACCAAUCUUGUUAGCUCAAUUAAAAAUUAUGCUUCUGGUGGCAGUCCAAUCAACAUGACCGAAGUGUUGUCUUUGUACACGAAUACAAUCAUUUGCAAAGCAACUGUAGGCAGGGCUUGUAAAAAUCAGGACUCUUUGGUUGACAUCAUGAGAGCAGUGGCUGGUUCAGCUGGAGUGUUUGAUCUCGGGGAUCUUUUCCCCUCGGCGAAGAUGAUUCAUUUCAUCAGUGGAUUAAAAUACAAACUGCGUAAAAUGCAUGACGAGGUUGAUGUCCUUUUAGAAGAAAUUAUCAAUGAACAUGAAUUGCAGAAUAGUGAUCAGACCACAGAAGAAGAUAUAGUUGAUGUUCUCCUAAGGCUUCAAAAGAGCCAAGAUUUUUCUAUUCCUAUCACAUGGGAUAAUAUCAAGGCUAUAAUCAGUGACUUGUUUGCAGGAGGAUCGACGACUUCAGCAUCAACAAUGGAAUGGGCUUUCUCAGAACUAAUGUUAAAUCCGAAAAUAAUGAAGAAAGCACAGGAUGAAGUUAGAGAAGUACUCAAAGGAAAGGAGAACGGAAUCGACCAAACUGAUAUUCAGAAACUUAAAUACCUAAAAAUGGUAGUCAAGGAGACUAUGAGGUUUCACCCCUUAACUCCCUUAUUAGCUCCAAGAGAAUCCAGGGAAGAGUGUGAGAUUAAUGGCUAUAUUAUACCCAAAGGCACAAUGGCCAUUGUCAAUUUUUGGGCAAUUUCAAGGGAUCCAAACUAUUGGAAAAAUCCUGAAAUAUUUGAUCCGGAGAGAUUUAACGAGAGUCAUGUUGAUUUUACUGGAGCUCAUUUUGAGUUUACUGCGUUCGGCACCGGAAGGAGAAUGUGUCCAGGAUCAUCAUUUGCAAUGGCUACUGUUGAGCUUACUAUCGCACUGUUACUAUACCAUUUUGAUUGGAAGCUUCCGAAUGGACAUCAACUUGACAUGACUGAGAAAUUUAGCAGUACUCUUGAAAGGAAAAACAAUUUGUUCUUGAUUCCAUUACCCCAUGAGAUCGAGUCCUAAAUAAUCUGAUUUUCUUUUAAUUAAUAUUUUGUUUUACUUGUGACAAUGAUAAAGUUGUACUAUCUAAAUUCCCUUGUUUUUUCCUAAUACAUAUCUAAUAGAAGAGUCCUAGUUUCUCUUCUUUUGUGCUACAUACAUGUAAUAGAUGAUAUUCAAGUGUUAUAUCUUCCUAAUAUAUACAAAGGACACUUUAAUCUCUUUAGUU